AUAAUUAUAAUUAUCAUAAUUGAGAUUGGACUAAAAAAAAUUAUUUUUUUAACAUUUUUGACUUCAUUUUUUAUAAUAAUUAAUUCAAACCACCCUAUAAUAAUAGGGAUUUUAAUUAUUAUUCAAUCAGUUUUUAUGGCCAUUAAUUUAAGAUUAAGCUUUAAUUUUAAUUGAUUUAGAUAUAUAUUAUUUAUAAUUUAUCUAGGAGGGAUCCUAAUACUUUUUUCAUAUAUUAUCAGGAUUUCAUUUUCUAAGCAGCCUCUAAUAAAAAAAAAUCCAAUUUUUUUGAGGUUAAUAUUGUUAACAAUUUUUUAUACACAGAAGGAAAGAUUUUUAGAGUUUAAAAAAAUAAAAAUCAGAAAGAUAUUAAUUGUUUUAUAUGAUAAUAACAGUAAGUUAACAUUAUUUUUAAUAGCUUUCUUAUUUUACAUUAUAACAGGAGUUAUUUUUAUUACAGAGAAUGAAAAAAUAAGUUUAAAAAAGGGAUAA